AUUUCGAUCUCCAUCAACCCUUACAUUCCUUAUGUCGCGUAUAUAAACAGUUGACCUUAAUUCGCCUUGUCUUGUCACCCUUCGCCGCCCGCUGUUUUUGUUCCCGUUCACGACCAUGUUUUCCGCUCACACCCUUGUCCAUCUACGUCCGACAGGUGGUAUGAAACCGGCGAAACGACCACAGUCAGCGCCAGGGUCGACGGACGCUGAAGACCAGUAUCACCUUCCCGCGACCAACGCACCCAUACUCUUACCCGCAGACUCGCCUUCUCGACCAGACUCCGCAGGAGAAGAGAGUUCACCCCGCCGCGCACGGCCCGCACAAAAGAGCCUCAGUUACGCUGCGUCGGAGUCGAACCUUAGGAGGGACAACACAGACUCUAGAAAGCCGCCCCGUCGGAUACGGAAGCUUCCCCCAUUACCAUUAGCUCCCGAGCCAACCACAUUCCCUACGUCGACGCCACAAACGCUACAAAUGUCCCAAUUUCCCCGCUCUCCACGCCCCUUACCCUCGCCACCCGCUUCAUCGUGUUCUGCGCAGGGGUUCCCCCCAGUGCCUCCGCCACGCUCAGCUUCCUUACCGCACUUCCGACUUCCUCGAGCUGAGCCAUCCGCACUGGCUAUUCCGGUGGGGUUUCCCAAGGAACCGCCCAGUCCAGGGUGCUUCAGCCCUACGACCCCAAUCACACCAGCGGUCACCGCUGAAGAAGCCAAAACGAAGAACUUUUCAAAGUUACGACGUUUUCUAGGCGAGAGCGUCCCUCCGGACUUGGUUCUGCGGCCACAUUCACGUGCAUCGUCCGCCACCUCCUCCGAGGCAAGUGACAGCACGCCCGAUCCGUUGCUCGUCACGCCGGAAGAAGUCGUCGACUCUUACGCCAAACGAAUGAGCCGGAAGUGGGUCCGGGAAAAGAAGGGACAGCGGUGGGUAGAGAGCGACUACCAAGAUGUUCUCAACGCAUUGCGCAAACUCUGAUUUGCCAUGGCUAGUAACUGGUUUCUCGUCAGAGCAUUGGGUUGACUGGUUAUUUCCCCAUUCUUCACGCUUGCCAGACACCGUUAUUUAUUUAUCCUUGCGACGCACCACUUGUAGACUCGGACUCCAUUCAUCCGCAGUACGCGCCACCUACUUUACGCCUAAUGUAGUCUUUAUCGUAUAUAAUCAUCACG